CUCUUGUAAAAUUCAAGGAACACUUGAAAAAGUUCAAAUCCGCUGCCGACAAGAAUUCAAGAGCCAUGUGUCAACAUAGACUGGAAAUUCUUAACUUGAAAGUGAUGCGCAAAGUUAAGAAUCGUGUGUAUUGUCAUCCUGCUGGAUAUGAUGAGUAUAUGACAGAUCUUAACUGGAUCAUUAAACAAUACAACAAAGAUGCACCUUGUCUUGGAACUAAGGCUAGAGAAUCUUUGCAAGAAUAUUUAGACGGUAAAGAGUCUGAGGAGGAACAGGUUUAUCAAAUGGUUUUAGAAGCACAAGAAGAAGGGACUAAAGAGAAGCCUAAACCACGGAUACAACGCCUCAGCUCUCUGACUGAAAUUCAUCCAGAAGAAGCUGAAAAUAAAAGAAUAAAAGAAGACGAAGAAAAGAAGAUAGAGGAUGAAAUCAAGCGUGAUAUAACUGUCCUACAAAUAAACGGUAUGAACAGUAUUGGAACACAAUAUCUGGAGAUUCUCGAAAUGAAAGUUAACGAACUCGAGCGUGUGAAAAGCGAGUUAUCAGCUGACGACCCAUAUUACGAGUCACUCCUGUUGGAAACAGAAUAUUGGAAAAAAUUGUUGGAAAAAGCAACUUGGAAUCAACCUCAAUACAAAAGCAAACAGGAUAAUGUACCGGAUUCUUCUCAACAAGGAGAGCAACUAAAAACUAAAGAACACACAGAAACCGUUCAAAAAGCAGACUUCAACCAAAGCAGCGGAGUAACAGAUCAAAACGAAAGAGAACCGACGAGAAAGAAUGCCCCUUUGCCGGUUUACGAUGAAAAUUAUUUACGUGUCAAACCGAAGCCAUUUCCAGCCAAUAAAGAGUCUAUCGACCCCAAAGUUAUCGAAGAGUUUGACAAGAAAACUGCGCCUAAAGUAAAAAAAGAUAAAUACAAAAAAGACAAGGACUGUUUUAUUCUGUAAUGUAUGAUGUUUGAAAAGAAUUUCAACACAAUGAGCUGAUACAAUUAUGUGGUAAAUAUUCUAUAUUGUAUAUAAAGUUUUACGUUGAAUAUGGCUUUAUUGGCAUUAUAUAUUUUUUUUCACAAACGCAAAGACUGCACGAUCAAAAAGACAAUAAAUAAAAUUGAAUUGAGUAUUAGAGUGUUCAAUAUUCAAGUUUAUUUAUAUUUAUCUAUUCCUUUUACUCUGUAGCAUGUAGAGCUAUUUUUGUAUUUUAUGUUUUAGUUUUUUAUAUUAUUACAUGUAUGAAGCUUAUAAUCAUUUACAUGAAAAUAAAUGUUAGUGAAUGACUAAAUGUAACUUCAGCAGAAAUUAUUAUUGAAUACAGUGUAAACAAUUUA